CAGUACCAUAACGACACAUCAAUACUAUCUUAAAUAAGAUUACAUAUCUUUCUCUAAAUAAUACGAAGUAUGACUCGAAUUUCGCAGCGUAUUCAGUCGAUCAUUGUACAGUGCUGGUAAACUUUUUAAAGCCGUUCAUUGCCAUUAAUAUCUGUACAACAUUUACGAGUUUCUAAUUUAAAUCGUGUAGCACAUGACAAAAACAUAAGGCCUUUAAUAUCAGCUAGAGCAGAAGCUGUUGUGAGUCCGAAGGAAAAAGUUGAAAUAACUCCCGAAAGCGUUUGUGUCUCUCUCUGUCGUCGCUGCACAGAGACGUUUAUCGUUCAAAUCUGAGAAACGGAAAAAGUGGCAUAAUCAUGACGAGCAGACUUUAUUCUUGAAGAUACUUAUUAUGAAUGGAUAAGUCGCGAUCGAACUUCAUUGCCACGCAUUCGAGUGAUGGUCAGGUUAACGACAAUAACAAUAACUGAGCAAAUAAUACGGAAAUCGAAAAGUAACUCACGCGGUUCGUUUAGAAAAGUCUAUACACGCUUAGUAAGAUGAGAAUAGUGAGAGUGACAUUAUGGGAGCGAGCUCAGAUGUACGCACUGGCCUUGAUAUACGGAUUUUAUCUGAUAGCGCGUCGAAUGCUCAAAUGGGCUUGGAACGGAGCGGCAUUUUUUCAACUACACGAACGUGAUACGCCGCCAGCAUGCCUAGUUGACAGUACCCUUGGAAAACAUUCUUACGUCAAGAUCAAGGGAAUAAAAUUUCACUAUGUCGAAGCAGGUAAAAGAGAGAAUCCUCUUGUAUUACUUUUACAUGGAUUUCCAGAUUGCUGGAUUUCCUGGAGAAAACAGAUGUCAACUUUAGCUGAAUUCUACAGAAUCAUAUCUUUAGACUUGAAAGGUUUCGGUGACAGUGAUAAGCCUGCAAACUCGAGUCAAUAUAGUAUUGAAAUUUUAAUUGAAGAAUUGAAGGAAUUUAUACAUGCUAUGGGAGUACAGGAAUGUAUUCUAAUAGGCCACGAUCUUGGGGGUUUGUUAGGAUGGUAUCUAGCUGCUACGCACAAAUCUGUGAUAAAAAAUUUUAUUGCUAUUUCUAGUCCACAUCCAAACUUUUACUGGAAAGGGGUAGGAGGAGAGAGUGUUUUCAAUCAAACAUGGUUACAUUUCAGUCGAUUGCCGAUUUUACCGGAAAUCGAUGUUCGAACAGAAGACUUAGCUGUGAUAACUGCAACAUAUAAACAUCUCUACAGUAAAAAACCAUCGCAACAAGCAGAGCAGAAUUACAUAGAGGCUUACAAAUAUGUUUUUAGUAGAAAAGAGGACUGGACUGGCCCAAUAAAUUAUUUUAGAAAUUUACCAUUUACUCGUUUAUAUUCGGAAGGACGUGAAAAAAUUAAAACUCCAACCUUACUGAUCAUCGGAAAUGCAGAUAAAUCCAUCUCAUUGGAGCACAUUGUUCAAAGUACAAAAUAUUUAGAAAAGUUCUCCAUUAAUGUGGUUGACAAAGCGGGGCAUUUCCCUCACCAAGAAAAUCCCGAAGAAGUUAUAAGUUUUAUCAAUGAGUUUCUUCAGUCGGAAGAACCAGUCAAGGAAAAACCAGCAUCCAAAGGCAUUGUAUCUUCACUGUUAGGAUCAACAGUUAAAUAUGGAAAUCAAAUGUUCGAAGCUGUGCACAAACGAACAAACGAAGUCGUAAAUGGUUUACCUGGAAAAAUGAUGCUCAAUAUUGGUCAGUUGAACACGUGAUUAUCGAUAGUAAAAAUUUAUUUCACGAUAUUCAUUAUAAAAACGUUUGGACAUUGUAAAGACUUUUUAAAUAACUUUAAAAUAUUUGUAAAAAUUUUUUGAAAAUUUUUUGAUUGUCAAUUACAUGUUCUUAUAUAUUUUUUAUAAGACGUAAUUAAUGUUUGUUUACUUGUGAGUGAUGUUUGUGUAAAUAGAGAAUUUGUUCGUUAUAGUUUUUAAUUUUUUGAGAAGGUGUAAAUCUGUUACUUGUUCGACACUGAUGUAUAAAUAUUUUUUAGAUUUUAUUAUUACCCAUUUUAGUACGUGAAAAGUUAUAAUAUGCUUUAAGUUUUUCGUUAUUAAAAUUAUAAUGAGUUAUAUAAUAAUAAUAAUUAACUUACUAGUUAUAGUUACUGAAAGACUAAAA